AUGAGGGAGCUACGGCGCCACCAUGAAGUGUACUAUACUGUCUUGAAAGAAGCAUUGAUUGCCUUAACUCCGACGGCCAUUAUCAAGGGUUUCAGAGAGAAAAUCGAUAAAGAGAGGUCUAUAAACCCCAGAAUCGUCAUAGUCAGGACGCAAAAACCCAGGUAUAAAAUCAUUGGCGUAACGACGGAGAGUAAGAGCUCGUUGGAGAGAAUCUUGAAUCCGUCUAUUCUGCAGGAGCCGUCCAACAAGCCUGGCAGCACAAGGGUACACGUUCGUAGCCAAGACCUAACAACAAUCCCGUUCGAGUCCGAAUGCCACUACCCAGUAUGGGUUUACACAAGGACUGGCGUCUCCGACGGUAACGAUCACGGACGUGUCCAGAGGUUGUACAGCUGUACAGGCGCCGUGCGCUCUUGGACGCUCUAUAGUAUUGAAACUUCCAGGAAAGAUCACACCGCCAAGACACACUUGGGAUACAUUGGCGUAACACUAUGA